UUUUGUUGCCAGCGGUUUAGACAUUAAUGGCUGUGUGUUGAGUUAUUUUGAGGGGACAGCAAAUUUACACUGUUACACAAGCUGUACACUCACUACUUUACAUUGUAGCAAAGUGUCAUUUCUUCAGUGUUGUCACAUGAAAAGAUAUCAUCAAAUAUUUACAAAAAUGUGAGGGGUGUACUCACUUUUGUGAGAUACUAUAUGUCAGACACACACUUUCUGUAGAGCUCUUUCUCACACUUCUAGAAGGGGAAGUGAAUGUGCUAUGACUUCCUGCUUAAGAGACAGAUGAAGACACACAGCACAUUCACAGAGCGGGACAGAGACAGUAACAGUGUGUAACACGACAGGAGCUUUAAUAUCUUUCUGAAGUGGAGUUGGUGUGGAGAUCUGGGAGUGUGAACUCAGGAUGAAGAUCCUCCUCAUCUUCACCCUCUGUCUGAUCUCAGAUGGAGGAGACUCCAAGGAAGUAACAGGAUAUUCAGGAGGAGGAGUCCUUAUCAAGUGCAAGUAUGAUACAGAAUACAGAGAAAACCAAAAAUUUUACUGUAAGGGUCCAUGGCUAUCCUGUUCUUACCAAAUAAAGACAGAAGCUAAAAAUGAGUGGAUAAAUUCAGGAAAAUUCUCACUGUUUGAUGAUACCAAAUCAGCAGAGUUCAGUGUGAUGAUCAGAGAGCUCACUGUAGAGGAUGCUGGGACGUACUAUUGUGGAGUUUAUAGAGAUUUAUUGUUAGACAUUUACACACUGGUGGAACUGAAGGUGAAGGAAGAUCUGUUCUAUGAGAAGUCCAUCAGUAAGAUUGUCCAUGUAGGAGGAGAUUUGAAUAUCAGCUGUAAAUACCCACAAUCCCUCAGGAGUGACCCCAAGUUUCUUUGCAAGACGAGGCUGCAAGAUUCUGCUUGUUCUUAUAAAGAAUCUGUUAAAGAAAGCAGAAAAUAUGUAAAUGAGGGGAAAUUCUCCCUGUAUGAUGACAGAGAAACACAAAUGAUGACUGUGAGUAUUAGAAAUGUAACUGAGCAGGACUCUGGUGAAUACUGGUGUGGAGCUGAAGCAGCCUGGACAUCUGAUGAUGGAUACAAGGUUUAUUUCACACAGAUCGACCUGACAGUUACUGAUCCACGUGUCCCAGUUUCAACCUCGAUACCAACACAACCUUCAUCAUCAUCAUCAUCAUUAUCACCAUCAUCAUCAUCAUUAUCACCAUCAUCAUCAUCAUCUGAUUCUACUCCAGCUUCUCCUCCAGCAGGAUUUCCAGCUUCCACUGUGAUAACUGUGUCUGUAAUUCUGCUGCUGCUUCUGAUUGCAAUCUCAUUCCUCUUUGUGAUUCUACAAAAGAGACAGAAGAUGCAAGGAGGUACAGCUUCUACUGGCAGGAGCUCUGUCCAAACCUCAGGAAAUCACCAAGGGGUUCCUCCUGAUGUCUGUGAGUACGAGGACAUUAAAGACACCAGACGACUUCCUGCCUCAGACGUUGGAUCUUCUUCAGUUUACUCUACUGCUCAACUACCCACAAUCCUCUCUGAUCCUCAACCUGUUUAUUCAAACACAGAGUUACCCACAAGCCCCUGUGAUUCUAUUCUAUUCUAUUCUGCUGUUUAUUCUGCUGUUCAACGACCCACAAUCCCCUCUGAUCGGGACAUCUACUCCACAGCUCAGUUACCCACACGUCUCUCGGCUGAGAAAUCCGAUGAAGGUCUGACUUACGCAGCAGUGAGUUUUCACUCCAGGGCCCCCAGCUCUAAUGAUGCAGUUCCACAGAUUCUCUUUAAGAAGGAAGAGGUCUCGUGUGAUUAUGAUACAGUCAGUCAUGUUAAUUCAUGAGGCUAGUGUCUCAUCAUUAGGACUCCAACCAUGAGGCACUGGAACUCUACCGCUUUGUUUAGAUUCUUCUUCUUCUUUUCUUCUUCUUCUUCUUCCUCUUCUUCCCCUCCACAGCUUGAGCCCAAAACAAUAUCUGAAGCAAAAUCCAGUAAUGUGCCUGAACAGAUGCACUGAAGAUAUCUGUAUCAGAUGUUAUAGUGGUGAGAUAGCACCACAAUUGGCUGAAAAUUCUUGUUUCUCAUCAUCAUUAGAAAGCCCAAAGCCAUAAGUACCUACUUCAGUUCUGAGCUAUUGUUCACGAUGUGUGAAUCUUAGGGCCCUUUUCCCCUAAAGUAUAGAUUCUACACAAUUUUAUCCCCAAUAAUCCAGUCAGUAUCUCAUUUUGGUGCUUGUACAAUGCUAACCAACUGACUGCAAGUGAGUCAAGUCAUGUAGUUUCAGUGUCAGCCAUGUGUCAGCUAUUCUGUGUGUGAAAGUCAUGUAGUGUGAACACCGCCAAAGUGUGGUAAGAGCAGUGAGAACAGGAACCUCUGACCAAGUAUGAUUUUACAAGCCCUUUUCUGCACGUCUUCCUGUUGUUCCUCUUCCUCAAGCUUUCUGUUGGCUGAGGUCAACAUGUGGUCCUCCUGACUGUCCCAUCUCAAGUUACCCUGGAUGAUAACCCCCAGGACUUUGACUAGGUCACAAACGUCCAAUAUGUUCUGAUCAGUGGAGAGGCUCGGCCUGGCCGGUCUAUGUCUCAUGCUGGUAACAUAAAACUUUACAUUUCCUUGAGUUGAGUUUCAUUUUAUGUUCCUCUACCCAGUUGUUAAGACCAUUCAGGGUCUGUCCAGAGGGUACAGGGUAGUUGGGGUGUCCACAUCUGGGCCAAUGUCAUAUCAUCCACAUAUUUCCAGUAAUCUGUUCCAUCCAGGAGAGCACUGUUAAUCAGCGUUAAGAAGACUAUAAGCCCUAGUACGAAUCCCUGUGCAACUCCACAUGUUUGAUAUUCCCAAUCAGAGAGAUAUCCCUGAUGAUGCACUUUUUGGCGAUGGACAGUCGUGAAGCUGCAAAUUCAUGAGAUUAGGUCCGGUCUCACUGCACGAUCGAGGAGGCCUUGUACUGUCACUGUGUGAUCUACAGCAUCAAAUGCCUUGGCAAAAUCCGUCGUGAUUAGUGUGCACACUGAGCCCGAAACAUCACAGGCCUUGUACACAUCAGUCCAUCAAACUAACUAGACUGUGUGUUGUGGAAUAUUUUGUUGUGUUACAUGGGAUCUACAUUUGGCGUGAUGUCAUUCAGAAUCCAGUGCGCAGCAAUCUGUUCACAAAUUUCAUGAGUGGUCCACUUACUUCAAUGGAUUUCCUUAGUUCAAGGAAACUAGAAAACUUGGGCUGUCAUGGUCCACAAGGGCAAUUCCACCUUGGGCCACUAGAGGGCACCCUGACUUCUUGUUCUGUUGUCUCACUGAUUUCCUGUCUCAGUCAUGCCCACCUGUUUGUUAUUUCUUGAUUAGUUGUUCUAUUUAAGCUCCUUGUGUUCUCACUUUGUUUGCUGGAGCAUUAUGUUCAUGUUAUGUUAAGUUUUGUUAGUUCCAUUUGAUGUUUGUACUAGGCAUAGUCUUUUUGAUAGUUUAAGUAGUGUUUACUUUCUGGUUGUUUUGGUUGUUUUGCAUUUGUAUCCGCCUCCAUGGACUCGUCUUCGUGACGUGGGCUGGCCGGAGUGGCCUAAAACAAAACGUGUCCAGUUUUGUAAAAGAAAUGGUGUGAGAUCAGUGCUUUGAAAGAAUCUUGUAUUGUCUUCUCUAAUAGUUGCAGAUUGUGGUUCAGUUUCUUAUUCAUUUAGUCUUUUCAUUUAAUUUUUUAAAUAAUUUAUACGUGUACUGAUAUAAUGUUGCUUUUCAUGACUUUUUUAUUUUAUUUGCUAAAUUAUUACAAUAAAUAUAACUCUGAAACUUUCUGUAGUUCAAAGCGUUUUUAUUCCGUGACCUAGUGAACCAGUAUCAGGAUGUAUUUAUUGAUAGAAACUUCAAAGCACUUCUGUUUGUUGCUCUGGAUAAGGGCUUCUGCCAAAUGCCUUACACUACAUCUACACUGACUUUUUAAUUGUAUACUGUUUUUAAUUAUAAACAUUGCCAAAAAGCACCCUUACAUAAAUCCAUAGAUUUAGAGCCAUAUACAAGAGGUCAAAGGUCACAGUCGUGAUGAAA